AUGAGCGCCACGAGGAGGUGCCGCUCGUCGCUGGCCCUCGCCCUCAACACGCUCGCCCUGCUGAUGGGCACCGCGGCCUUCUUCGGCAGCUACUGGUGCCAGGGCACCCAGCGAGUGCCCAAGCCGCCCUGCGACCCGCAGACCGCCGACAACGCCGCCGCGCUCACCAACUCGGCCAGGCGAGAUGCUGUGGCUCCUGCUGCUGCUGAUGCUGCGGCUGCUGUGGCUGAUGCUGCUGAUGCGGCUGCUGCUGCAGAUACGACGGACGUCGCGAAGCGGCGUGGGUGUCGCGUGAACGGCUCGGAGCACGACUCGCCCCUCGCCUGGGAGGCGGGAGACGAGAAGUUCGUGCUGCGCCACUUCCACGCGGGGCUGUGGGUGUCGUGCGAGCAGAACGUGGCGGGCGCAGGGGAGAAGUGUCGAACUUUCAUCGACCUGGCCCCCGCCUCAGAGAAGGGCGUGCUGAUGCUGUCCAUGGUGUCGGAGACGCUGUUCGUGUCUCUGCUGUCUGUCGGCUUCCUCCUCAUGUGCCUGGAGCGCUGCAACGCGGCCCACGCGGCCAACGUGGUCACGGGCCUCAAGCUCAACGCCUUCGCGGCCGUCUUCACCGUCCUAUCCGGCCUGCUGGGGAUGGUGGCACACAUGAUGUUCACCACCGUGUUCCAGGUGACCGUGAAUCUGGGCCCGGAAGACUGGAGGCCAUACAGCUGGGACUAUGGCUGGUCCUUCUGCUUUGCCUGGGGCUCCUUCACGGCAUGCAUGGCGGCCUCGGUGACGACACUCAACAACUACACCAAGACGGUGCUGGAGUUCGGCUGCCGGCAGCGCCUCCUACGCCAGGGCUUCAGCGCCGACUCGCGCCGCCUGGGCGCGCUCACCACCACCUCCCUCCGGCACCCCGCAGCGCCACCGCCGCCGCCACCGCCGCCGCUGCCGCCCCCUUUGCCCGCCCGCCGCUUCGCUCCUCCGCCCACCGCCCCCUACUCCAACCAGCAUCAGCAGCUGCAGCAGCUGCAGCAGCAGCUGCCCUGGGUCUCGGCAGGCCACGCGCCGAGGUCCAAUGCCAGCCGCGAGCGGCACAACGAUUUCAGCAUUGUGGCACCCAGCAAUGCGGCGGCCAUCUUGGCGUACAGGUCCGUGUACCCUCUCGCGCACAAAAACAGAGCGCUUUUGAGCGAGUCCUGUGAAGCUCCGCUCUGA